GGUCACAAAAAAAAGGGAAAGUAGAACAACAAUGUUCCUUUGGCUGAGAGAGACGUAUCCUCUGUGAUAUAAAUAUAUUAUUAUAAACUGGCUGUAGUGGCUAUUAUUUAAUAUGCUAUUUAUUGGACUUAUAUAAGAAACUGUAUAUGGGAUCGCUUUUUGUUGUGUACUGUAAAGGUCGACACACCUGUCACAUGUGCAGACAUGCUGCGCUCUCUAACAGUGUCCCUGAUGUUUUGCCGGCGUUUCCAACAACUCUCCAGCAUGCAUCGCUCCUCUGUCAUGCAGGCUGAGAAUACUUCCAUCAUAGAUGCACUUUCCAACCUGUCAGUCAACAUCGCAAAGAUUCGCAAGCUCAGAGGCUGGGUGUUGUACCAGAGCCCAGUUUAUGUGAUGGAGACUGUGACCAUGCUGAAAACCUUAGGGGUCAGAGACUCAGUGAUUACUCAGGUGCUUGAACACCACCCAGAGGCAAUCCUCUGCACACCUCAACAUUUAGAGGCUCAAAAAGAACUCUGGAUGUCCGUCUGUGCCAGCCAGAGUGAUCUAGUUCGGAUCAUUGAAAAGUUUCCAGCCUCAUUUUUCACCCCAUCGUGCCAUAUUGACCACCAAAGGGCCAACAUAAUGUUCUUCCAGAACCUGGGCCUUAAUAAACGGGUCAUUGCUAAGCUGAUGGCGAGCGCUCCACAGAACUUCAGAAGACCUGUUGAGCAGAACGAGGAGAUGGUUCAAGCCCUUCAGAAGAUGUACUUAGAACUAGGAGGAAAUGAAGCCAAUAUGAAGGUCUGGCUGCAGAAACUGCUCAGUCAGAACCCGUAUGUGCUCAUGAAAUCUCCAAAAGCCGUGAGGAGUAACUUUAGCUUCCUGCAUAAACAAGGCUUCACCAGCAGUGAGCUUCUUCAACUUCUCUCCAAACUAAAAGGCUUUGUCACAGAGCUUCACCCAGAAUCAAUGGCUCUUACUUUGAGUUACUCGCAAGAAAUUCUAGCCUGCAGUGACGCUGAGCUUCGACAGAUUGUGCUGCAGUGCCCAGCAUUACUCUACUACUCUGUACCCAUUUUGACAGACAGAUUCAACUGCCUACUCAGUGCUGGAAUUAGCCUGCAGCAGAUCAUGCAGACACCCACAGUCCUGGAACUGACCACACAGAUUAUUCAGUAUCGCAUUCAGAAGCUGCAAUCUUAUGGUCAUGAUAUUAGGACUGGGAGCCUGGAGCUCCUCAACGGCACUAAGAAGGACUUUGAAAUGAGCUGUGGAAAGCUGCUUCUGAGGCGAGAGCGUCCACUCUUCAACCCAGUAGCACCUCUAAGGACAGAAGAGUGAGAUUUCGUCUUGUGGAAAGGGGCUGUGAGAAUUCUAAUCAGCUGAAUCUUGAGCUUGACUGCAGCCUGAUUGACAUUUAUUGUACUACAUGGUGUGGAAUAACACACAUUGACAUUAACACGGUGUAAUUACAGAUAUUAUGAUUAAUUAAUUAUGUGCAUGUGUGAAAUGAGUGUGUGUGUGUGUGUGUUUAAAAAAAGUACUGUACACAAUAAAUGGCCCUUUGUGUCAUUAGUAAA